AUGGCCGCCAAGUUCGUAGUCGCUGUGGCGUUGUUCGCGAUGUGUCGCGCCAACCCUCUCCUUAUAAACGGUGCAUUCUACCGUGAUGGACGCGCCUACUCCAUGGGCCAGGCUUCUAGCUUCGGCGGCGGAGUGAGCACCGCACAAGCAAAUGUCAACGGUGACGCCGCGCAGGCGUUCGGUAGCUCCUCAGGAGGCGCACAGCUGGCACGUGACGGGUACUUCUAUCCCGGACAGGCCAUCGCGCAGGCGCAAACGUACGACGCCGUGCCCUUCCCUGAGAGCCCCUACGGUGGAGCUAAGGCUGUCGCACAAGCACACAACGGACCGUACUACCCAGUGCCAGCGCCCGCCACUGUCAUCACCUACGAACAGAACUUCGCCGUCCCUGCUGACGCGUCAGUCAAGUCUACCGCUACCUCCAGUGGUAACGGCAUCGCUCAAUCCUCUGCCAACACUCAGGGAGGCAUCGGAAGCUACGGAGUGACCUCGUCCAACGCUAAAACUCAAGGCUUCGGCUCUGCUGACUCCAAUGCCAACUCUGGCUUUGGCUCCGCCAGCACCUCCGCCAAGACUCAGGGUGAAGGCUCCGCUGAAAGUUCCGCUCAGAACAACGGUAAUGGUGUGGUCGGUGUGGUGUACCCCGUAGCUCCCGCCGUCAUCUCUGCUGACCCAGCACCAGCCGUCAUCGACGCCAAGUCUCCGAUCUUCUACACUCCUUACGCUGUACCCGUAGCUGCUCAGGGUGUCGCCUCCUCUAACGCGAACGUGGUCGGCUCCGGCUCCGCUUCCUCAUCAGCUAAGAUCGGCCACCAAGGCAGGACCAUCUCUUGGCGUUUCGGCACUCUGUACGACUCUCCUGCCUCCGCGCAUGCUCAAGCCAACACCAACGCUGGUUAUGGCGCCGCCAAGUCUGCCGCACACACACACGGCUACGGUGCUGCCAACGCGAACGCUGACGUCAAUGGCUACGGCUCCGCCAAGUCAGUCGCUGACAGCCAGUCUGCUGGACAUGGUGUCGCCCAAUCCUCUGCCAACUCGCACGGUGCUGGCUCUGCCAAUGCCAAUGCUAACGUGAACGGAUACAAUAACGCCCGGUCCAGCCAGUACUAUGGCGGCUCCAGGAUCUCUACGGACGCCCACUCCCACGGCUUUGGUAACGCCGCUUCCUCCGCCAGGACGCAGGGAGUGAACACCUCCUUCAGAGUGACCAACUCCCACGCGAACUCGUCCGGCUCCGGCUCCGCGCACGCCAAUGCUCAAGCUGCUUGA